AUGUUUCCUCGUCCCCUGGUGUUUUCUGGACUUCCAUCACCGUAUCAUAUUAUCAAGGAAUUUCUACAAAGUUACCAUAUUUUACACGCCAUUGAGAUGAACCCAGAGAAGGAUAAUCUAGUUCCUGACGAGUCUCUUGCUGACUUACAAAUGUCCAAGAACGAGAGUUUAUCUGAUGGCGAUGACAAGCGGAUUAUGAAGAUGAAUUCACAGGAUCUUGGGCCUGAGGAUUGGUCAAACAUCAAACUGGUUGAUACGGAAGCACAAUGUACAGCGGAAACGACACAGGAUGCCGGCAAAGGGGAGGAUUUGCAGGAAUACCAUAACGAAAACGGUGAAUCUCACAACGAUGCGGUAGUUGUCGAAUCCGGCACCGCAACAGAGCCUGGUGCAGACACCGAAGAGCGAGACCAUGAAGUUCAACUAGAAUCUGGGGACGACGACCGAAAAUUCGAGGUUGCAGUAGGAGAAGAUGACACACCACAAAUCCAUACACGAAUCGAGACCGAGGGUGCGGCACAGGCUAACCCUACGCUCAAAGACGAGCCCGAGGCUGAAACCAAAGGACAGGAGAAAGGGGACAUUACGAAAGACUGCGAGGAUUGCAUCGAUGCAGGAUCAGUGGGCAGAGGUCCUGAAGAAGCCGCAGACAGCAAGGACAUAAAGCCUGCUGCAGAGGCUCCGGAGCGAAAGAGGAGCACACAUGUCUUGGAGAAGUUUCGUGGACAUUAUACAAGAGUCCAAAGCGCAAUGGACAUGUGCAGAUAUGACCUGGAGCACUUACUACGCAACACUGAGCCCAUACAUCUCAAGCCAGAGGACUUCACACUGCCUACGGAUCUUUGCGAGUUCACACUGGAUUUCAUACGCACAGUCCAGGAAUACGUAAGGGUGAACAAGAUGGAUCAAGAGUCUCUGGAGCAGCUGCCUCAAAAUAGCGAUACCUUCGAUAUAUUUCGAGAUUUAACUCGACUUCAAUCAUGUCUGGUGGAAGCGGUUGAGAGGCCUCUUACAUUGGUGUACUAUUACGUCGAUGCGUGGCGGCUCAGAGUUGUUGACCUUGGCGAAAACCUAAACCGUACACACAUACUCGACCCUAGUGUUAGGACACCAGAGCGGAUUGAGAUAGAAGCCUUUCAAGAGCUUAUGCGGCAAUACAACGAGUUGCACAAUAAGUAUGUCCAGGUCAAGGCUCAACUUCGGAGUCAGCCUGCGGAGUCAAACUCUCCGGAGGACAACGAUUCAUGGGAAUGGCAACAGGCGACCCGAGUAUGCGCAGCUUGUAGGAAGAGGUUUGAGAGACAAUCCAAAGACGCAGGGAAAGGGGAAGCACCUUCGGCAGUCUGUGGAGGGAGGAAAGACUCUGUAGCCUCGUCCCGGUUUGUCUCUAUUCCUUUUUCGCAGAAUGGAGAGCCAUUUGCAUCAGCCGAUGCGAAGGUAGCGGGCCUCAUGAACGAGAUGACGGAGCACCUUUCAGGUGACUCGGAUACUUUCGAUGAAGAGCAGGCUAAACUUUUGCAACAGGAGCCUUACGCCUCACCUGUUGGCAUUGCAAACUGCUUUGUGGACCAGGCACAAGGAGAGCCGGAAAUUCUACAGCCCACGCCACGUUAUUCUACCGCCCAAAAUCCUGCAGCUGUCUUGGAGGCAAAUUCGAACCCGCCAUGGCUUCCCUAUGGGCCAGAAGCAGGGCCGCAACCGUACCAGGUCGCUGAUCACCCUUCAUCUGUUACGAGCGUCCCAGAGGGCCAUGGACUCCAUCCAGCAGCAUUAUCUUCGUCUGAGCGGGGAAAGCGCUAUGACGAACUAUUUGCUGAGAAACUUGAGCAGUACCAGGCCUUGACGGAAAUGUAUGAGGAUCUGGCAGAGAGAUUUGACAACCAGACGAAGCUCUAUGGACGAUCGGCGAAACGAUAUCAUGAUUUGACUGAACGCUUUCAGGAGCUAACAGACCGACAUGAAGAGAUUAAGAAGAAAUUUGAGACGGAGAGAAUGAUUCACGAUCAGGUGACAAGUGCGUUUGUUACAAAUGCGGUUGAGGUAGAAUGGACGCAGAACUUGAGCAAGUCGGAGAGGGACGCCAGAAGCAUAUCACCGCCGGUUAGUCCCCGAGGAACGGUUUUCUCCACGCCUCUUUCGAAAUCUCUUGAUACGACUGAUACUAGGCAACAAGUGGACAUCGAAGGUCGAAUUGAAGUGAAUGGUGAUUUCCAAUCUCAACGACCUCAGAGCGAUGCUUCAUCAGAGCCGGUAGCCCCAGCUGCUCAUCGACAGGCAGAAUCUUUACCUGAAAGUCAGAGCAUGGUGGGGAGCGAUUCCACCGCGGUCGAGACAACCCAGACUGAGACUCAGGUCAAAGUAUUGUCGCCAGAGGUUACGGCCCCAUUGGAAGGCCAGUCGCUUCAUCAGUGUGCGCAGAUCCAGUCGUUCUCAGAAUUUGUGGAAGUUCAGUGUCACUCGUGGGUUACCAUCUGCGACUUCCUGUUGUCCUUUAUCAUUCCCAUCCCUCGACCACCCAUCCUGGUAGCAGACAGCGAUGAUUCUGCAUUGACGGAUCAGGUUUCCCGAUGCAUGAAUCACCACUAUGAAAGAGCUUUUCCAUGGCCGGCCAUGUUCAACAUACUCACGCAAUUGGUCCUCCUCUUCGGUAUCCAGACAUGGAUUGCAUGCGCCGAGGAACGUGACUCCUGGCUGUAUGCCAACAACGUCAGGCCAACGACGCUACUCCUCUCGUAUGCCAAUGGAGAGAGGUCUGUUUGGCCAGGUCUGCACGGGGGAUUACUGACGGGGGGAGAGGCGAAUUUGCUGCUGUGGUUGGUUCUUUCGAAUUCGAGCCGUGUUUUGGAGCUGUUGUGUCGGGCGGCGCAGGGGCUCAAUCUGGGAAGUCAUGAUAGCAUGAGAGUUUUGAUGCUAGGGGCUUUGGUGUUGAUGAUUGUUAGAUUUGGAUAG